AUGCCAGCCUCUGAGGCCUCCAUCUCACCUGAGCGAAUGGCGGAGUAUUCAGGGGACCGCCUACGCGAUGUUGCUAUUGCAUUUACUGUCCUCGAGUUCCUUGCAGUGGGUUUGCGGUUCAUCUCUGUUAGAAUCGGCCACGAGGUCAUCGGCUUAGACGAUUAUCUGGCAGUUCCCGGGCUCCUGUGCUGCCUUGCUCUGAACACCGCGGCAUUUGUCGGCAUCCACGUCUGCCACUUAGGCUACCACCUCGACUUCGCUCAAGCAAUUGAGCCUGAUGUUCUAGUUACGUGGUCCAAAAUCAGCCUUGCGGUCCCUAUACUCUACUCCGCAGCGUGCGCCGUCCCCUGGAUCAUGCUGCUAAUCAUGUAUCUCCGCAUCCUUUCUAUCCCCUGGUUAAAGCCGUACCGGAUGGCCUCCUACGCCCUGAUGACUAUCCAAGGCGGCCACUGCAUCGACGUGACCCUAUUCUACCGCUGGGGCAGCAUGCCCAACAUUCUAAUCGAUAUCGCCAUGUUGUUCCUGCCGUAG